CUUGGAUAAACACGUCCCUAUACAUUGUACAAUCCGCACACAGAGGGACAUAACAAGGGGAGACAGGUCCACGAAGUUAGACUCGUCCGUGUGAGAAAUGAUAUUAGCGGCGUACCAAUACUAAAGUGCCAUUUCGAUUCUCUGGCGCAUUUAAACAAGUUCGCCAUUCAACAACCACUGACAUCAGGCUGUAACACGGAUGAGACUGUUCUGAAGAUUCAAAAUAAAGCUGAGGAAGUGAGGACCUUUACGUUGUAAGCCCUGUCUCACAGAAACUGUACUCCAUCUUAACACCAGCAACACCAACGAUGGCAUCAACCAUUCCAGACAUUGGGGAUCUAAAGCCAAAGCCCGAAACAGAAGAUGUUAUUGAAAACGAGGAUAAUUGUGAUCUGAAAAGACCUUUCAAGCAUGUCAAACAAAUUUUCAAAAUGUACAACGCCGUGGCUACAGAAAACUUGACUCCAGAGCUCUCUGAAAUGGCGCUUAUACUGGGAGGGGAACUGAAAGUUGUCGAAAACCUGCUCAACAUGUAUUACAGCCAACAAGAUAGAGACCCUGAAUAUUUCAAAAAGGUUGGACAGACUACCAAAUGCAUGAAAAGUUGCCUCGUGAAAAAGAAAACGAAGGACUUCGUCGCCUUGUGGAAAUCUGCCAAAGACGCUGCUGUCCUUGCUCUGGUGUUCCGCCGACUGAAGCGCCAGGCGGGGAUGAUGAAACUGUUCAGCAGAGGCACCGGCAUAGAUAUUGUGGACAGACCAAGCGACGAAGUUUCAAACCAGGAAAAAGUGGUGGUUGUAGUCGAUAAGUUUUCCGAAGCACUCAAGCGAGCAGACGAAUUUGGUCUCACCAACGUGGGCGAACAUAUUUUAGAGGGUGCGAUCGGAUUGGGCGACGAGCUCCCCUAUAUCAAGACUGCCCUGGGGAUUAUCAGCAGCGUAUACGGAAUCUUCAAAGCCAACGCCACGCUGCAAGCCGAGGCUAUGGACUUACUGAAAGUGAUCAGAAAUGUGGAGGUGAUUGUCGGUGGUUCUCUGGUGGCGCAAAACGAAGAACAGUCUUUCCUGUUGGAGCAGCUUGUGGAGGUUUUGGAGGUGGCAGAAUUGUAUAUCAUACAGUGCCUCCUCCCCGACCAAAAUGCCAUUGCCAAGAUUCUCAAAGCCACCGCCCGCGUUGAAAACCUCGACCAGCUGAAGGAGGAGAUAGUAAAGCAGCUGACUGAAGCCAUGUUUGCUGAAAGUGUCCACCAGAGUGAGCUGCUGCAGAAGUUGGACCAGAAGGCUAGCAGCAUGCUGGAGAUGAAGGUGACACUGGAUCAAAUUGCCAACCGUCAGCAAGAGCAGGUGGAAGAAUUGAUAACUAUCAAAGACAAUAUACAAGAGCUCGCUCAAGGAUUGGCUCCUUCAAAGUACAAACCUGCAUCCAAAAACUUCCUCGAAAUUGAUGGCUAUCGAGUCAAAGUGGAAGGCGGACGCCAUUUUAAGACAGCAGAAGGAGAAUACGUCGAACUGGGGAGUGGGUAUAAUUACUGUCUACAGCUACGAAAUGGAACAAAACACAGAUGCCGUGCUGAAGUCAAGAUAGAUGAUGUAUUAAUAGGUAUGUUUGCUUUGAAUGGCGAGGAGGAAUAUUCCAUUGAGAGACCGGUGACUCUGGCCCGUCGGUUUAUGUUCUAUUCCACUUCCAAAGGGUCCAAGAUAGAAGAUUCUGGGAUCGAGAAGAAGAAAAGAGAGAAUGGGUUGUUGGAAUGCACCUUCACGCCAGAGUUGGUGUAUACGUUUAAGGUCUGCCACCAGAAUUAUGCAGGAGUGUUGUCUGAACCCCUCAUUGUCGACCUGGGACCAGAACAAACAUUGUUGGAUCUGGUGAAACAAGUCGCUGGCUCCGUGCCAUCUGCUGAGAGAGAUAUCGAAGCCUACGUAGUCAACUUCGCAGACCAGUUUGUCACUCAUUAUCAUUUUCAAAUGAGGGCCAUUUCUUCCAUCUACAGGGAUUGGAUAGAGUCGUCUUGCGAAGUUGUCCUGGUGAGAGAAAUCGCUAAUGAGGUUAGCGUAAUUAAUCCUGUCGACGCAGAGAACGUCACCACCGAGAUGUUCACCUGUGGCUAUUCCUCAGAUGUUACUGCAGAGGUCGUCUCGCGGCACGGCGCUCCCAGUCCCGAGGACGUAAGAGUCACCAGGGAGCAAUCCCGUUCAAACUUGAAAAGGAGCUUUACGGCACUUUUGUUGAAAGGGUUGAUUGAAGCGUCUGAUCCUCCCAAACUGGUCACGUUGGUCAUCUUCAAAAGCCAAGAUCUCAAGAGUGAGGUUCAAAAGGCACUGAAUCUAGGUCCAGACAGCUCCCCGGCGAUUAAGAUUCUGACUCGACGUGACUCGUCAUAUCGAGAAAAUUUAGCUUACAGAGCACGCGUGGUGAUUGAGAAGGACAUGUCACUCAGAGUGACCGCGUUUGAUGGUCGGCAAGACACAGUGGUCGUGAAGUCAUCCAUUACUCUCUCUGACCUGAAGAAUGACCUGGUGUCACGGCGCCUGAUGGAGGAGGACGGCGUUGCCUUGGUACACCAGCACAAAGAGAGAGGGGUGUGUGAGAGCAAGUAUUCCUUCGACGAAUUAUACGAAACCAUUUACAUCGCGUUCGAGGGAUUUUCAGAUGGGUCAGAAGUCAUCGUAAAACCAACAAUGUUCACGUUCGAUGUUCAUUUUCGAAUGCCAGGGUGUUCUUUGGUCCUCCAAGUGAAUAUCGAGGCUUAUAAGACCGUCGCGGACCUGAGAGAACAAGUGAUGGUAGACUUUAAAACCCAUAGCUCCUGCAAGCUGGAUACCUCAUUCAUUUUAAUACGUGACAGAGGGGAGAAGCUACAAAGCAACCGACAUCUCAGGGAUCUUGGCCUUAGUAGGAGCCUAAUAUUAAUACCUAGAAAAAUGGAAGUUCCAGUUCUUACUCACAAGACAAUGGAAAAGCUUGGCAGCAUCCACGUGUUAUGUGAUGAAACCACCUUGCUUGAAGUUGAAAAGUCAGUUCAGAACCUGAUAAAAACCAAGGGAAAGGAGACUUCUGGGAAAGAUCAAACACAAGUCUGCCUUCUGCUUAUAGAUGAGGAGGAUGUUGUGAGCUUUUAUAACUCCCUGAUUGAUGACGCGACCGUGCGUGGCAGGGAACAGUUACCUCUCAAAUUCUUGACCGCAAGGUGCCCGGUCAUCGAUGUAAUUAUAUCCCAACCCAUACAGGUAACCUUGAACAUUACCAGGAGCAGUCCGAACAAGACAUGGACUAGAGAGGUGGAGACGGAAACAUGCGCCACGCUGUAUCAUGUCCUUAAGAAAGUCGUUGAAGAUCCCAAGGAGACCGAUGGCGAGCUAGCCAGCCAACAGGUGGAUGGUUUUUGUGUGAGCGGCACUGAGCGUGUUCUCGCAGAAGAACGGAAGUGCCUGGUGCAGCUGGGCAUUGAAAAUCAGUCUGUCAUCAACCUGAUAGAUGUGGCAACUCAUCAACAGGAUUUAGUAAUGCCCAGACCAGAUAUGUCUCAUAGUCGACUUGCUGAAUGGGGUGGUGACAGUAUUGGUGAAGAUUUGAGCAGCACACCCGGGCAAAGAUAUCGACAAGAGGAUAUUCUUCCGGAAGACAUCUCCCAUAUUAGAGAGCGGCUCGAUGAGGUGCAUUCCAUCACAGAAUUUAAGAUUUCUGCCGGUGCCACCACAUUACAAGGGCAUACCAAUCAAGAUUUCCACAGCGUAGACAAUUUCCCCCUUAAUUUUUCCAAGAAGAUUGUCCUUGCUCUCCGAAUGGUCGCCAGAAAAGGGGAUCAACAUCCUCUCCCGAUGGAAGAAGAGUGUGUUCCUUUACACACAGUCAGAUAUUGCAGCAGCGCCAUGGUGCGACCGGUAGAUGGCAGCACUGCGCAGAGCUACGCCCCGCCUCCUGUGCCUGAUGAUGACGAUGAAGACGAUGAUUAGUAAAGACCUGAAACUAAAAAGGGCAAAGCUGACAUUCAGAUUGCCAUUCAGUUGACAGUAAUAUUGACACUGGCAUUUAGAUUCAGAUAUUCAGAUUUUCUCCGCCAGUCACACAUGUGUAUUUUGUAAUCCAAAUUUUGUGGUGUCUCAAAAGAGCAGGUCACGUGGUGAUCAACACACGCACACACACACACACGCACACACACGAAAUAGUACUUCGGUGAUAUUGUUACGUUAGUAUUACUGUCUAUGUAAAAAAAAAUAAAAGCAAAAAGAGGAAUAGACCUCGGAAUAGACGGGAUCAGUUAGUUAAUUUGUCACUACCUCGACCACAUAAUGCAUUGUUGAAGUUGGCAUGUAGUUAAACUUGAUAAUACUCGGAUAUUUUCUUAUUGAUGAUACUUAAUAUAAUUUUCUAUUUAAUGAUACAUGAUGAUGAUAAGUCAACAGUUAAAAUUAUUUCCAGCGUGUUCCGUUUCUUCCUGUUACUUGACAAAGUCGGCAGCACGACAAGUUGAGAGAAAGAUGGAAUCGGUUACUGGUACUUUUUAACUGGACUGUAUACAUUGUAGCAAUGUAGACUUUGAACAAAUAUAAUGUAUUACCAAUAGCAAUGUAUUGACUGUAUUUAUUCAGGACAACUUGAGUAUUAUUAUUAGGCUUUAUUUUUAUUAUUAUUAUUAUUAUUAUUAUUAUUAUUAUGUAUACCGUUUUAUACAAUUCACACGGAGAACUAUACGAAAACAUGUUUUGUUGGUAUAGAUUAUCUUCAUCUGAUAAUAUCGUCCAUUGUUUUUUCCUUCUCUUACAAAAUAGAGUAGAAGAAAUGGUCGUAUUUAUGAUGCAGUCUUCAAUGUUGUAGUACGUUAAUGCCAAUAGUUUGAGGAUGUCCAAUAUCUUAAUCUAGUAUACUUCACAAAAUUAAUUUUCCUCCUGAACAAUCUUGGUUCUGUUAUGCUUAUAUUGACGCCACUAAAAAAUAUUUAGUAAAUAAACUAGCUAGAAAGAGCCCAGUA